CGACGACGACGACGGCAACCGUUUAGUACGUUCAAUCGGCUCGCCCGGCCGAGUCCUGCGCCGCCGCCGCCGCCGCCUCGUCCAUAUCCGACUUCAACCGCCGAUGCCGCCGCCACCCGCACGCCGAGUAAACGCGAUACUACGCCACCACCGACGCUCGUCCUCCGUUCACCCCACGACCACCAACCGUCCUACCCACCACGCCGAACGACUUGCCCACUGGCUGGGCCCGUACCUCGUGUCCUCGCCACAGCCGGGUCCGCCGCCAAACGGCCGCCGGGAGCACCGACGCCACCACCGUUGCGCCACCACACGGCAAUGAUCGCGCCGCCCGGAACUAUGCGCCAGAUGUGUAAAUCGUAAUGCGAAGAUGGUGUGUUCCGAAUGUCCAAUGGUCCCAGUUGGUAUUGUGCGUGACUGUGCUGUUCCUGCUGGGCGGCCUGCACAUUUACAGAGGCCCCAACGGCGGGCCGCUGCAGGCUUUGGACGAAGUGGUCGACGACGAGGACACGUCCGGUUCCACCCGAACGACUCAAGACGAUCGAGCGUACCGGAGACUCAGGUUUCCGAAGACCAGCAGACGAUUGCCUCAGGCGAUCAUCAUCGGUGUGCGGAAAGGCGGCACGCGGGCGUUGUUGGAGAUGUUGUUCCUGCACAAGUCUGUGCAAAAGGCCAACGGCGAGGUGCACUUCUUCGACCGCGACGACAACUACGAACGUGGCCUGGAUUGGUACAGAAGGCGGAUGCCAUACUCGUUCCCCAACCAAAUCACCAUUGAAAAGAGUCCCAGCUAUUUCGUGACACCAGAGGUACCGGAACGCAUCAAGGCGAUGAAUUCGAGCAUUAAGCUGCUGCUCAUCCUCAGGGAUCCUGUGAUCAGGGCCAUAUCGGAUUACACGCAAUUGCACAGCAACCCCUUGGCGAACCGCAGCAGUCGGUCGUUCGAGCAGCUAGUGGUGAAGCCGGACGGCACGGUUAACACCAACUACCGGCCGGUGGCCGUGUCCACUUACCAUAACCACGUUUACCGGUGGCUGGACGUGUUCCCCAGAGAACAGUUGUUUGUGGUCAACGGCGACCGGCUCAUCACCAACCCCGUGUCCGAGCUGAAUCGCAUCGAGACGUUCCUGGGCCUCGAACAUAGAAUCGGCGCCGACAAUUUCUACUUCAACCGAACCAAAGGAUUCUAUUGUCUGCGAUACGGGCCUGUAGACAAGUGUCUGAAGGAGACCAAAGGCCGGAAGCAUCCGGACAUCCAGCCGGAAGUCGUGGCCAAACUCCGGGAACAUUUCGGUCAGCACAAUCAGAAGCUGUACGACGUAUUGGGACAGGACUUUGGGUGGCCGGAGAAGUAACGAAUGGUUUUAGUGGUGUUUUGGGAAAAGGGACGAGUGCGGAUGUCACGGUGACAUCGUUUUUUUUUUUUAAAUGUUUUUCGUUCUUUUGGAGUUUUGUAUACAGGGAUACUAUAUAUAUAUAUAUAUAUAUAUAUUAUAUAAUAUAUAUAUAUAUUUAUAACAUUAUAAAUAUUACUAUAACGUCACAAAAUAAUGAUAUGUACUGACCACGGCUAUAUCGCGUGCCAAGCGAAGCGCUUUAUGUACUAGACUUAAAGUGUGCGCUCGAUUUGUUCUUUUUAUCACAUGAAACGAAACGUUUGAACACUGUCAUGCUCAUACUACCUGCAUAUAUAUAUAUAUAUAUAUAUAUACCUAUAAAUUAUAUACUGAGAGCAAGAAAUAACGGACGAGAGGAAGGGCAGGGAGUACGCCGUGUGUGCUUAAAUCGUUUUCUUUCAAAACUUCACCAUAUAUUAACAAGACGGGAUGAAUUUUAAUAUAUUUCAGCAAACAAAAUGUCGAUAUCACGAUGAUAAUAUUAUUAUUGUAGCAUUUGAGGUGAAUGACGAACCAGUUGGUUUCGGAAAUGCUCGUAAAUAAACCACAUAACCCAAUCUGAAGUAGGCACCUUAUAUAACCACGGUAAAACAGAAUUUAAAAUAAAAUUAACCACGUUGAUUUAUAUAUUUUUUUUGUAAACUUUUUCCGUGUACAAUACAAAUACAUAUAAAAAUAUGAAAAUAUCAAGUUGAUCAUAAUAUUAUGAUACUAUAAAGUAACGAUAGGAUUUUUUUCAUUUUAAGCGCAUGUGGUUUUUACUUUUUAUCGGGAAUGCUUAUUAAUUCGACCAUAAUGUGAAUAAAAUUACCGCAAUAAUAAUUACAAUUAAAAAAUAAUGUACGUUAUGCGCGUUACAUUUUUCUUCCCAUCGAGCGUUAUUAUAUCUCUUAAAUAAAUUCAAACAAUAUUUAUUAUAUACGGUGCUCGACUCACGGAAAUCGUGCCUUUUCGAUAUCGCGGUCCGAGGUAUUUCCUCGCCGUCUUUCGUUUGAAUUUGUUAUGAGUCUUCAUUUCUUUACUACUAACACAAGUCACGGAUAUUAUUUCACCGAAGUCAAUAAUGAACAUUGAACAUAUCAAACUAGAUUUUUUGUUACACUCUCAGUGGUCCAUGCAGCAUGCACAAAAUCGACCGACAUAUCAAAUUAUAUUGUGUACACUAAACCAAAACAUAUAGUAAUCUCUCGUACACCUACGUGUAAGAUUAGUUCGUUAUCUUUUUUUUUUGUUUUGUUUAUUUUUUUAAAAUAAUUUUCGGUCUAAAUGUUAUGAAAUGUUUUAACACUAACAUUAUUGAUAUUAUUAUUAUUAUUUUAUUUUUCAUGACCGAUUUACGAUUAACUAUCGACCAAAUUUCCGCCUAUUGUACACUACUCUACUGUUCCCACAAACGCAAUUACAGCAGUAAGCCAUCAGUUUAACACAUUAUAUUGUGUUACUGCGUUAUGGUAGUUUAUCCGGACGAUGUUUAAACAUUAUAAAUUAUAAUUGUCACGAAAACUCAACUACUGGAAACGAUCUUCAGAUUAACCCAUCGUACGUAUCAGACGUGCAAUACUUAUAGAUUGUUAAAUGUAAUUAUAAAGCGUCGUUAAUAGACUGUCAAAGUUGUUACACGAACAAAUAAAUUAUCAUCCCAAGUCACUAUAUUACUAUAGAAAAAAGCAUUUGUCGAGUUAAUUUCAGUCGGUGUGAAAAAAAAUAAUAAUAAUAAUAAUAAAUAACUGUACCUUAAUGCGUUUUAAAUAGUACAAAUGUAUGAAAAACAAAUAUAUAUAUAUAUAUACAUGUUCCAUUUCCUCUGGCCGUUACCAAUAGGUAGGUAAAAUUUUCAAAGUUAAAUCUACUUAAUAUAGUAGAUGAGGAGGAACGUGGCAUAAUAAUAUUAUCAUAGUGCAAUAUUAUUACUUACCUAAUACUAUUUUUACAUAAUAUUUACAAUUUUCAAUGAGCAAUAAUGACUUCCUCUUCAAAUGGUUGAUAAACUAUUUAUACUUACAUAUUGUUAUAAAUAGGAAAAUUACCGUGUUAUGUUAUAGUAUAUAUUUAUAUAUGUAUUUUGUUCGUUACGAUUAUUAUUAUUAUUGUUCUUUAAAAAAAAAAAAAAAAACAACGAUCAUAUCAAUUAUAGACUUUUUUCGUGUAUUUAAUAAGUCGUUUAUAAUAUUACAUUUUAAGUAACUUAAAACAUAUCAAUGUUUGCAACGUAGCAUAAUUAUUACUAUAUAUCAUUAAGAGACAAUUUUAAAUUGUAUUUGUAUUAUCGUCAUAAGGGGAACACGGGGACAAAAGUCGAAAGGAUCUGUGUGUCACUUUUCCGUUGUCGUUUGCCGUUAUAUUAUAAUAUAAGUCGAACAUGUUUAUUGUUAUGUUAUAUUAUACUACUGUACUCAUAUUUAAAAAAAAAUGUGAAUUUUUUUUCUCGUAUUUACUACCAACGCGGUUACGUCUUAAGCUUCAUCGCUGUCACACAGAAAUCCUAGCGACACGUGGUCUUAUCUAUAUAUGUUUCGUAAUCUGUGAAGGUUAGGUACCACGUAUACAUAUCAUAUUAAUAUUAUACAUAUCAUAUAUAAUAUACCAAUACCGUGGAAACUAUUUGGUUUAAAAAAACAAUGUUUACCAAACGAAUACAUAUCAUUUUGAUUAAGUAGCGUUUAAUAUUAUAUAACUUUAUUGUACUAUUUGUACUUGUAUUUGAUGUACUUUUUUUUACCGUUAUCGUAUAAUAAUUUAUUGUUAAGUCGUUUAUUGUAUAGGUAAUUUUCUUAGAAUUGCAAUGUACAUUUGCGGUACCACAGGUGACUCGGAGAGCAAUAUUAUGUAUAUUAGUAUAUUCAUAUUAUGACUAUUGGACAACUGAAUCUACUGAUUCCAAGAAAUAACUAUACCGCUCAUAAUAUUGUAAUACAAUUUAAUCAACGAAGUAUUCACAAAAAUAUGAAUGUAGGUGAAUUUUAUUGAAAUAAAAAUUAAAUUAUAGGAUGGUUAGAUUGUAAUGGGACUUUGUGAAUUUGCUCAUUCUAAUUUAGUCUAAAUUACUGUAUAUGUGAUUUUGGCAACACGAAAUCGUAUGUUAAUACUAAAAACGAUUAUACACAUUUAUAACACUCAAAUCCUAUAAACAAAUAAUGCAUGUGUUCUCUCAUUCAAACAUUGGGAUCAAUGUAGACAUUGCAUAUACAUGAAAUAAAUUUAAGAUUAAAAACACCCAAAUUUACCAAUAUCUACGUCGAGAGUCUCCAAAUAACUAACAGUGGGCCAUUCUGAUUUUUACUUGAUUUUUUUUAAAAUUUUGGGUAAAAUGUAUUGCAUUAAAUUUAAAUUAUUCUGCAGACAUUUUAAACAACUGCAUGAUGUAACAACCGUUAAAAACUUUCAUGUGUUAAUUAUACACAUUGUAUUUUUUUUUUCUGUACUUUAAAUUUUGAAUGCAUUUUCUGAUUAUAUAUUAAUAUAUUAUAUUUCGGAGCGUAAAAGCUUUUUAAUUUGUAUGUGGCCCUCAAGUAAAAAAGUUUUUAAUGAUUCCUGACCUUUAUAUAUUCAAUUUAUCGUAUACCGUAAAACAAUUGUCAAAUUGGAUAUUAUUUUUAUUUAGUUCUAGUUCUUACGUUUUUAGAAAAAUUCAAAUUAUAUAUAUAUAAUUAUGUGAUAUAAUAUAAUUUUUUUUUUUUUUAAAUUUAUAACUAUUAAACAAAUGAAUUUAAAUAAUUAUUUUCUACGGAUUACCCUUCAUAUUCACUUUGGAUUUUUGACCAGGAUAAAGAUAUAACAAAAAUAUUAUACAAAAUAUAAAAAAUUUGAUGUGAAACCUCCCCCGGAAUUACUACAGCCGGUUGUCCAGUCGUCGUGAAAAUUAUGUUAUUAUUACCAUAGCGAAACCCAAAAGCAUACCAUUUCGCCGCCGCUUCUCGUCCACGGCGAUACUGUUAAAAGUCUCGUGAGUGACCGUUCGCCUCCGCAGUCAGCUUUCGUACCGCGACUAUAUAGGCGCGUCUCGAGUGUUUAUAGUAGCACGUUUACGAUAAUUAGACUGUAUACAUAUCAAUAUUAUUAUAUUACGAUAUUAUUUGCAUAUUAUUUUCGACAUGAAUACUACAAUUUGUUUCAGCCGUAGCACGAUAUUGUUGUUAUUAUUUUAUUUUUUCUUAAAAAUCGUUUUCUAGUCAUAUUGUAUAAUAAUAUUAUUAAUAAGUGUUGCUGUUUGUUUGUU